AUGGACGAACUUUUGGGUGACGAUCUCCCCCUUGCGGCCGGCAGGCUCUUUGACCGCCUGAGUCAAGUUCCGAACUAUACCUGGGACCGAUCGUUCAUCCCAUUUCACACCUCGUACGACGCUUGGCAUGUAUACGGCAUCCUACACAACAUCGACGUCUUGAAUCCUCGAUCCUCCAUCAGCACCCUGACAAGUUUCUCCCUCCCCUCGGCUUCCUCCAGAAGUUCCCCCAAACUCGAUGCCCAUCGUCCUUCUCUCCGACACCAUCACUGGAGCAGUAUUAGCGGUGCCUCCACCGACAGCGACAACCUGUCCUCCAAGGAUGAGCCCGAACCAAUAUGGCAGCCGGUCAUUGCCCGUAUCAGCACGCAUGUCUUGCGCCUCGAGAGAGAAUUCCACUACAACCAGGCCAUCAUCAAAGAUGCCGAUCCGGACUGCAAACAUACAAUCAAACCCAUUGAGAUGUUCCGCUUGCCCACCACCCCGGGCGACGCCAAUUCAAUGCUCGUUUGCGUCUACGAGGCCCCCGGCAAGAAUUAUCUAAAGGAGAUACUAGACUUUGGUCCUGCUUUCUAUGGCCUGCAGCACCGUGCUCUCGAUCCGCCCGACCGCGUCACUCCGGGCGAACGAGUCCCCCUCCAGGCCUUCCUCGAUUUCGCCAUUGGGGCCUCAGAAGUCCUGGAGUUGCUACACCAUGGCGCCAAGUGCAUUCACGGUGAGAUACGGGCAGACACAUUUCAUUGGAACCGCGAGUCGAAUGUCGUCAAGCUCAUGAGUGGUGGCAACGGUCCUCGUGCAUAUGAAAACCUUCUUUCCAGUGAAGGCUGGGCCACCAUGAGCCGUCAGUUGGGAGUGAAGAACAAAUUACAAUUCAUCGCCCCGGAACAGACAGGCCGGCUGGCUGCAGAACCAGAUAGUAGAACGGAUAUCUACAGCUUGGGUGUCAUUUUCUGGACGAUACUUACCGGUCAGCCCGCGUUCGACGCCGAGACCCCGAUCGAUAUCGUCCAACGUGUCCUGGCACAUCGGCUACCCAUGGUGACGGCCAUCCGGAUGGACAUACCCGACGUGAUUUCCCACAUCAUCUCCAAAAUGACCCAGAAACAAAUGGAUGAGCGCUAUCACUCAGUCAGUGGUCUGAAAUAUGAUCUGCUGCAAAUCCAGAAGAUGCUUGGUGAAGGCGAUCAGGAGAAGAUCAGGCAGUACAAGGUCGGUCUGCGUGACGUCUCCUCCUUCUUCAUCCUUCCUUCCAAGCAGUUCGGUCGACACACCGAGACCGAGCGCAUAACCAAAAUCAUCGAAAAAGUCCACAAGCGCCAGGGUUCGUCCCGACACCUUCCGGCCCAGCAGCCGCUACACAGUGCCGCCUCGAAUUCUUCCAUUUCAGACAGCCGCGUUGAUGGCUACGAUGACAGGGAAGGCUCCGAGUCAUCCGGGUCUUUUGGCUACAGAGAAUCACGGAGUAAUUCGACCACGAUCGGACUGGACGGUGCAGUGUUCAACUCGAGCUUCAGCGCCAAAAGUGGUUUGCUUGCCAAACGAGGCAGAGGCACCCCACUAGAUGUCUUGUCAGACCGAGACAGUAAUCUGUCCGGUGGAAUGCAGCCAUCUCCCGACGGACUGGGCAUGAUGACCAGACGGAGAAACAGUCACAAGUUCAAGCGCAAGAGCCGAACCGAGGUGGUGACCAUCCUAGGUCCGUCAGGAGUGGGCAAGACGACAUUACUCAAAGCCGUACAGCCUGCGAUCCGUCGUCACGGGUAUUUUGCCCUGGCAAGAUUUGACCGUGCACGACCUUCCCCUUUCGAGCCGUUGAUCAAAGCAAUGGCGAGUCUCUUUCGACAGAUAUUCUCAGAGAAAGAUGUCAACACUCCGUAUCACGAGCACCUCCGAGCACACGUCACCCCGUUCUGGCCCAUUCUCUCCUCCAUGCUGGAUUUACCCGCCACGCUUCUGGAUGUCACCAUCUUGUCCAAGAAGCUUCUCAUGAAGCCGGACACUGCAACCCAGAGCAUCAAUACCGAGGUUCCGACGGUCGACAGUUCGGCCAAACCCCAUUCCAACUCCGCCGCCCACAACGCCUGGGACGCCAAUGAUUUCCUCCGGGGCCCAGCAAGCACCAAAUCCAUUAGACUGAUCAACACCUACAUGGAUGUCCUCCGUACCAUCGCCACCGGAAAAUUGAUAUGUUUGUGCCUGGAUGACCUGCAAGCCGCAGAUUCAGAAUCAAUAGAACUACUCAUGCAUAUCAUCAAGGCCAAGGUGCCGGUGGUCCUGUUGCUUUCGAGCCGGACCGAAAACGGGCAGCCUCACGAGGGCACAACGAAAAUUCUGGACCUAGAUGCACUCAAUAAGAUAGAACUGGGCAAUCUGCGCGAAAAGCACGUUUUCGAUUACGUGGCAGCCACCAUGUCUCAAUCUGUCGACACGAUCGUUCCUCUGGCGGCCGUGGUGUACGCCAAGUCAGAGGGCAAUCCGUUCCUGGUCAAAGACAUUCUUCAGACUUGCUACGAGCGCAACUGCCUGUACUAUGACUAUCGAGCCUCGGGAUGGUCCUUUGAUCUGGACAAGAUCUUUGACGAAUUCAGCUCACGCGGCUGUCUCGAAGCUGGUUACAUCUCCAGACGUCUCGAAGAACUCCCACCAGCCUCGAGGUCCAUCAUCGCGUGGGCUUCGCUCAUUGGAGCUAGCUUUUCGUUCAAACUCAUUUCGGCUAUCAUGUCGGGUGAACUCUUCUACAAAGAUGGACGUGAUGGGGGCGAUGACGCUGCGUGCCCGAAUCGAGUCAAGCUGUUCAACCUGUCCGAAACGGAUCUCGUCAACGGGUUGCAACAAUUGGUCAACAUGUACAUAAUCCAACCUGGCGACAAUGACGACGAGUUUCGAUUCACCCACGCCCGCUCCCUCACGGCCGCAAAUGAGUUGCGGGAAUGUCAGAAUGUGCCUAAGAUGCACUUCAUCAUCGCCCAGACAAUGAUGACCUACCUGAGCAAGUGCAAGUUCAACUUGUAUCCUCUUGCCAGACAUCUUUGCAUGUCUUCGGAUAUUGUGAAGGAGAGAUGCCCCACGAGAAUGCGACACCGUGAUGUCCUUUGGAGAGGGGCUCAGAAAGCCAGUGAACAAGGAGCGGCGGAAACCGCUUUAUCUUAUUACCAAACCGCGCUCAAGUUGCUUCAAGAUGACAAAUGGAACACCGACAACCCGGAUGUGCAUUAUGACGAGACACUUCAACUUCACGUUAAUUGCGCGGAAGCGAUGUAUACUCAGGGCCAAUUGGAAGAGGCUUUAGCCCUCCUGGAAGAGACCUUCGAACACGCACGCUGUGCGGCAGACAAGACCAGGUCCUACAUCUUGAAGGGUCGGAUUCUCGCCACGCAGGGCCAAUUCCUUGAUGCCUUUGCCAGUCAGCGUGAUUGCUUGACGGAACUCGGCCACCCUAUGCCGGAGAUGACGUGGGAUGAGUGUGAUAUCUGGUUCAAGCAAUUGGAAUUCCGCCUUCGCGGGAUCGACAGGGCAGAGCUCGUUGCGCGACCGCUAAGCGAAGACAAGACGACGAUUGCCCUCGGAACAAUUUUGAGCGAAGCUCUCGGCGCCUUGUAUUGGUCAAACGCCCAGCUCUGGUAUCAAUGGGUCAUUGGUUAUGUGAAUGCUAUCCUCAACUGUGGCAAUUUCGUGCAAGCAGGUCUCGGAUUCACGAUGCUCGGUGCCGCUGUCAUUGGUCGCUUCAAGGACGUCGAGCUAGGCAUCAGCUAUGGCGAGAUUGCACAAGACUACUUUACACUCUAUGAUGAUUCCUGGACUCGGGGACGCGGCUGGACUCUAUUUUCAUUAUUCAUCGGCCAUUAUCAAACGCCGGUUCGGAAUCUACUUCCGAUCCUCGACAACGCCCUGGAAUAUUCACUCGCUUCUGGGGACAAAUUCGUCAGUAUUCUCAAUAUCGGAUCGAUGGCGCUGUCCAGAUUUUGGGCGGGCCAAGAUCUCGCAGAGGUCGAGGCGUUUUGCAACUAUGGCCCGGAAGAAUUUGAGGACUGGAUCAAAGAUCGUCGGGGAGGCACCCUGAUCGUCGCCACCAGACAAGUCACCCGAGCCUUACAGGGAAAGACUCUGAAUCAAGAUGCCAAGACACUUCUCAACGACCAGGACUUUGUCAUUGACACGUGGUUGGCUGACUGUUCCAAGUAUGCGGCCAAUGCUGAGCGUCCUAAAGAUAUCUGGCACGCCGUCUCCAUCGUCGCCUAUUACUUGAUGGGAUACCACGAGUACGUCGUCGAAGAAGGCCGACGGUUGGUGGCGACCACGCUGGAUGAUCUCUGGUCUAACAGACCGGUGUGUGGCACUCGCUUCUACCUGGGCAUGGCGCUUGUGGCCGUCGCCAAGACCAAACCCGAGGAAGAACGUGCACCAUACAUUGAGGAUGCAAGGGCAAUGAAGAGAUUUAUCGACGAGUGGGGCAAGGUCAACGACGUGAAUUACCUGGCCUGGUCUCAUAUUCUUGAAGCCGCCAUCGCAGAUGCCACAAAUGUCUUUUACCAGGUUGUUUCCAACCUCGAGAUCGCCAUCGAUCAUUGCCAAGUCCACGGCUUUUCCAUCGAGGAGGCUUUGGCUGUCGAGCUGCAGGCCGAAUUUCUUCUCGCCCGUGGAGCGAAGCGAGCCGGGAAAGUCAUGAUUCAAGAAGCCAUCGCCGCAUGGAAUAGGAUUAGUGCAGGCGGUAAAGCAAAGCAGUUGGCUGAGAAGCACGAGUGGCUGAUCAAGACCGCUACCACGUCCAGGACCAUGGAUGCCGUGACCCAGACCGAAGAUUUACAUACCCUGACGGCGAAUGAGGAGGAAGCGCAGAUUCAGAACAAGCGCGACUACACCAACGCGUGGGUUCAGCCGAAAUCUGGUGGUCAGGCGCACCCUCCGCAAGACGUCCCUGGUCUCGGGCUCGACAUUCUCGAUCUGACGUCCAUUCUGGAAUUUUCCCGCGUCAUAAGCUCGGAACUUCAAAUCAACAAUCUGUUAUCCAAGAUGAUCUCGGUCAUCCUGGAGUCGGUAGGGGGACAGGCCGAAUUCUGCGCGAUUGUCAUCGACUCGGAAGACCAGGGUUGGUGCGUCGCUGCGAGCGCAGACCACGAGAGCGGUGUCAAGACGUAUCCAGACGGUAUCCCGUUCUCCGAGGUUGACGAUCAAGCUGCGCAGCAAAUCACACAUUACCUCCUUCGGACCAAGGAAACCGUCUUUGUGCAGAACGUCCUCGAGGACGACCGCUUCUCCAAUGUUGGCGAGGCAUACUUGACACGACAUCCAACCGGACGUUCCAUCAUCGCGAUUCCCAUCAUCCAAGCCGAUCACUUGAUGGGAGUCAUCCACUUGGAAGGGCGGCCGAACUGUUUCACUCAACGGAACAUGAUUGUGUUGAACCUCUUGACAAAUCAAGUCGCUAUCUCGCUGGGAAAUGCCCUCUUGUACCGAAAAGUCCGCAAGGUGAGUGCAUCAAAUGCCAGUAUGGUCGAAUCACAAAAAAGAGCAUUGGCCGCCGCCCGCGAGGCAGAGGCCAAGGCGAAAAAGGCCGAGGCGGAAGCCAUGCACAAUGUGAAAUUGAAAGAGGAAGCAGCCAGAGCGAAAUCGAUCUUCCUUGCCAACGUCAGCCACGAGCUCCGAACUCCGCUGAAUGGAGUCAUCGGCAUGUCGGAACUUCUCAAGGGAACUCCUCUCAGUAAAGACCAGGAACAAUACGCCGACAGCAUUCGAGUGUGUGCUGACACGUUAUUGACCGUCAUCAAUGAUAUCCUCGACUUCUCCAAGCUCGAGGCGGGCAAGAUGCAAAUGUUCACGGUGCCUCUGAGUCUGAAGGAGACAAUUACGGAGGUGGUGCGGGCCUUGGCAUACACCAAUCAGGAACACGGUCUUCAAACCAUCGAGGAUCUGGCCAUCGAGGAGAACCUCGUCCUUGGGGAUCCUGUGCGGCUUCAUCAAAUCUUCAUGAACUUGUUGAGCAACGCGUACAAAUUCACGCCCAAGGGCUCUGUGACGGUCCGGGCGAGGAAGAUCGCCGAAACACGGGACAAAGUCAAGAUCACAUGUUCCGUGGUCGACACAGGUAUCGGUAUCACACAGGAACAGCUGACCCGAUUGUUUCAACCAUUUUCCCAAGCAGACUCCUCGACGGCCCGCUCAUAUGGAGGCAGCGGUCUCGGUCUCAGCAUUUGCAAGGCGAUGAUCGAGAACGUCCUUGGGGGCAAAAUUUGGAUAGAAUCCACUCCUGGUGUAGGGACAAACGUUUCGUUUACUCUUACCUUCCAAAAGGCACCCAAGAAUAGUAGCAAAUAUGAGGACAUGAAAAUCGCCGCCAAAGACCCCGACCCGAUGGCGAAUUGGUCGCAAGCCGCGAGUCCAGAAACGGAGCCGAAGAACUUUAGCUUCUGUGAUUUGAGCAAGAUCCCUCGAGAAGAAUUACGAGUAUGUAUUGCCGAAGACAAUCACAUUAACCGAAAAAUCGCCAUUACCUUUGUCAAGAGAAUCGGACUCAAGUGCGAAGCGUAUGAAGAUGGUCAGCUCGCGUAUGACGCAUUGAGAGCCAAGAGUAAAGAGGGGAAGCCGUUUCACUUGGUCCUCAUGGAUGUUCAAAUGCCCGUGCUCGAUGGCUAUGAAGCCACCAAGGCCAUCAGAGCAGACCCGGACCCCAAUGUCAGCCAGGUACUGGUGAUCGCAAUGACCGCUUCGGCGAUUCGUGGCGACAGAGAAAAAUGUCUCGAAGCGGGCAUGAACGACUACCUGGCCAAACCAGUGCGGCAGAAUGUGCUCAAAGCGAUGCUGGACGAAUACUUGAACAACACCAAAGCAGCUGUGCGAGCGGCGGAGAAAGGUGCUGCGACGACUCCGGCUUCAGACGACAAAGCACCCAGCGUCGCAGAGAAAGACGCCUCGGAGAAGAAGGCCGAAAGUCCGAUUGAGAAGCAGCCAAACGGAGAGACACCCCCCAAGUGGGAAGAAAAGCCAAAACUGAGACGCCCCUUUAAAAGAGUCAUGAAAAGAGUCAACUCCAUUCCCACAGAGACAAGCGAGAAGACAGAUCGUGCUGAUAGUCCCCCAAGUGGGAAGCGGGAGACGGACGAAUUGGGAAAGAUUAGCGUGGAGCAAGUCUUGCCGAAGGCGACUAUCGAUGUGGGGUCGCCUGUUUUGAAUGGUCACCCCAACGGUUGUACCAAUGGGUCGAUGCCUGACGGUCGAGGCAAGAAAAAUGAACCUGUAUCAGAGGUUCAGGGACAAACAAAUGGCCAUCAAGUCAAUGGUGAGUAA